AUGGUGUUUACUUCAUUUACAGGCGUUGACCAUCAUAAGAAUUGCAUUAAUUUUGCUGCUGGUUUCAUAGCAAAGGAAGAUAUCGUGUCAUUUGAAUGGUUGUUCAGAUCAUUCCUCAAGGCAAUGGGUGGGAAUGAACCUAAUUGUAUGAUCACAGAUCAGGAUCCAGCAAUGAAAAUUGCUAUUAAAAGUGUGUUUGAGAAGACUGAACAUCGGUUCUGUAUGUGGCACAUAAUGAAAAAGUUACCAGAUAAGGUGGAGAAAUCAAUCAUGCAAGAAGAAACUGGUUUCCUAAAAAAAUUAUGUGCAUGCGUUUGGCACCUUGAAAUUGAACCUGCUGAGUUUGAAGAAAGGUGGAACAAGGUGAUGAUUGAAUACCACUUGGAACAACAUGAAUGGUUAGGUUAUAUGUACAAUAUAAGAGACAAGUGGAUUCCGGCCUAUUUCAGAGAUGUGUUCCUUGGAAGAAUAAUGCGUACAACAUCAAGAUCCGAAAGUGAAAACAACUUUUUCUGCUCUUUUAUCAAUCCUCAUGUGUCACUUGUUGAGUUUUACUUGAGAUAUGAAGCUGCAAUUGAUGCCCAGAGACACACUCAAGGUCAAAAUGAUAAUGAUUCAAAGCACAAAUAUCCUGAGUGCAAAACACCACUAGGGAUAGAAAAGCAUGCCUCACAUUUAUAUACUAACUCUGUGUUUUAUGAAUUUCAAUACGAGAAAGAAAAUGAAUUGGAAGUUGCAACAGUAAGUGAAGGAAAUCGGACUAGAACAUUUGAUGUUGUGUUUAAUCCAACUAACUAUGACACAACAUGUUCUUGCAAGCUAUUUUAUAGGCAAGGAAUUCCAUGUAAACAUAUGAUUUGGGUUUGGAAAGCAAAAAGGUUUGAAACCAUUCCCAAGCAGUAUAUGCUACACAGGUGGACUACUAUGGCAUUAAAGAAACCUAUUUUUGACUUGGGAGGAAACCUGUUGGAGCAAUGUGCUAAUAUAAUAGACAAGAAAAAAUUGUUAAAUGAUUUAUGGUCAGAGAUACACACUUGUGUAAGUUUGGCAGAAGGAAAAGAUGAAGAUAUUCAAGACCUUGUGAUAAAUCUUCAAGGAAUAAGAAAGGAUUUGGAAGCAAAGAGGAUUGCAAGAAAUAAUGAAACAACAGCUGGAAGUGCAAAAAACAAAGAGCAAGACAUUGAGCUAUUGAUUGGAGCUAGUGUGCCAACUGAAAUAAUUGUCAAACCUCCAAAAGUUUCAAAGAAUAAAGGGACUGGAGUUCAUGUAUCAAAUGAAGAGACAUCAAAAAAGAAAGCGAGUGAGACUGAUGUGUCAAAUGUUGAAACAAGAGGUAGAAGUGCAAAAAGGCUUAAGGGAGAAAAAGAAAAGGCUUUUAAUGCUUUGCAAUAUUGUUGA